AUGUUUCGAGUCGAGCUGCCGCUAUCAGCCCUCAUCGGCGACAUCUCGCUAAUCCCAAGAGAGCUGGGUAGCCCUCUCUGUGCCACUGCCGCUGUCGUUGGUACAUCCUCUGUCGGCCUGGCCUUUGGACGGGAGGCCCCCUUCGACCCGUCGCACCCCAAUAGAAAAAAGGCCACACCAGCAUACGAGCCGAGUCUUGAUCCCAUGUCGACCGCUGCCAUGACCACGACCGCGCCUCCCUUUAGCGGUCCCGUACCCGUCGUUCCUGCCUCGCGCAUGCCGUUUGCGACUCGACUCAGUCAGGAUGGCCGUUCACAGCUGCGGAUCGUGAGGAGGAAGACGAGCGACGACGCGGCGCUGCAAUUGCCGACGAGUGCGACGAGUGCAAACUACCCCUCCAGUGACCAGAGCGUGUCCGACGUAGACAUGGCCAGAUACGUGCCGUCACGGCGAGCCUCGUGGAUCAAACGCCUCUCCUCCAUAUCCAACUCGUCGAGCAGGAACACCAGCCCGUCGCCGCUGUCGCCCGCCGUGUCGUGCUCCAAUGGCUCCAUGGCCUUUUCUCACGAAGGCUCGACGGCGCCCAUAGCCGGCAAUCGGUCCUCUUCACCUGUCACACGGAACAAGCUGGUGAAGCGCUCCUCGUCAGUGCGCGGGCCGCGUGAAGAGCCCAGAACGAGCACCUCGACCCUGCGACCGUCGUUCCGUCGUCCGGCCACCAGUCACCAGCGCAACGCAACGCUGCAGAACUACGGCGCGCGGCUGUCCAUGACGGCCGAGCACACUUCCAUGGACGAGCACCCGCAUUCCGCAAGCACCGACAGCGAGGCCGAAUACACCCAAUUCUUCACAGCGAGGAUCAUGAAGGAGCGGUCACUGACGAGGCGGAGAGGCUCCGUGGCAUAUGCGAACGGGUUCAAGAGGAUAUUCCCGGACGACAAGCACAAGCCCAUGCUCGUGCUCGCGAGGUCGGUCGUAGCAGGUGCAGAAGACGUAGAUGACUCCACAAGCGACGACGGUGAAAGCGUGUUCUAUGUAAGUCGACCAGAGACGCCGCUCAGCAUGACGGCCAUGUUUGCCUCUAGGGACGCAAACCAAACUCGUGGCCGGCCCUCCACAUCCCAGCCCGAGCAUGCCCCUCGACCCAAGCGCUCCUUCUCCAUCACCUCCUUCCUGUCGUCCAAGAAGGAGCGAACAGGCGCCGUGUCCAGACCCAGACUUUCCCGCCGUGCGAGCCAGCGGGUCAACUCAGCACCCAUCCUGCCUACUAUGAGCAGACGGCCACACAGCACCUCAUAUGGAGAAGGCCGCCGCGAUGUGACAGACCCCAAACCAGCAAAGCGCGACAUCGCCACGUCCGCCGGGCUCCCCGAGUCAGCGACGGCACGCCAUGGUUCUCACACCAGGCGUCUGUCGUCGCCCUUGCCGGCGCUUCCUCCCUCUGACAUGCUCGCUGGCGCGGGCUUGGCGCCCUUGUCUCAGCAGCCCGACGAUUUGGCCUCAGCCGCACCGGGCGCCAAUCAGGCGCCACCAUCCCCUACUCUAGCGCAAUCGGGAGUUCGGGUCUCGCGUCAUUCCAUGGCCCCCUCAGAACAGGCCUCGACAUUGGUCGGCUCGUCUGAUAAUGAACUGCGCGCCUUAGGCUCCGGCGACGAGGACGACGCUGACGUCCAGAGCGACACCGUCUUUGAUUCGCUGCGCACUGGUGCGACCAGAAGUACAGCUGGCGGCGCCCGUGGGCCUCGCAUUGAGACCAUAUUCGACGAGUCACCCCCCGCCAAAGUCAAGGUCAAGGUCACAGCCCUACGCGAUCUACUGCCGCCCGGCGCUUUUGGGGAGCCCACCGUCAAUGGUGUCGCCGGCCACCAGAGCAUCGCCGAGGAAGAAGAGAGCAUCUCGACGCCCGUGCGGACUGUUCGUCCCCAGCGCUCAUCGCAGGACUCGCCCACCUUCUCCCGAACACACAGUGCGCCUCUCUUCCCCAAGACGAUAACGUCGUCUCCCCCGAGCAUGCCCAAGCCGCUUUCGCUUGGCACAUUGGAAUGGGACUCGCGAGCAGGGGACGACGACGAUAGCAGUAGGUGGUCACUAGAAGAGGCAGAUGAUGAGGAUCCCUGGGUUGAUCAUCCAACAGUCAACCACAAGGCCACACCCGUGUCGCUGCUGCGACAGCACAAGCAUCUGCUCGCGCCCGAUUACGUUCCUAACCCAGCUACGCCCAAGCGUCCUACAUCAGAAUUCGGCGACAAGGACGCGCGAAGCAGCAUCUUCGAUUGGUCUGAGCAGCAAAUCGCAGACAAGAACUCAGGCAGCUGCACGCCGCCACGUCCCCGGACGGUGCACGGAAAGAAGGAUGCGGACCGCAGAGGCAGUCGCUCUGUUGGACGCAGAGUCCCCAGCGGGUUACACGCCCGCAGCCAGAGUGUGCCCGUCGUUCCGGAUCUGACUGGCAAGCGUAGCACAGUGGUCACAAACAAGUUUGGCACCUGGGGUGUGGGAAGCAAAGGUGUCACCGAAGACUGGAACGACGACUUCGACUUUUCCGAACUCACUGAGGAGCCUGCUGCAGAGGACGGAAGCUCGCCUAUGGCGAACAGUGGCUCGUCCAUGGUGGUACCAAAGACUAUACAAGAACAGCAGAACAGCGUUCUUGCAAACAUCAGUCUUCUGCGCGAAUGGGGACUACUAAUCGAGGAGCUCAAAGAGCAAAGAGUACGCGCGGUUGCGCUCGGCAUGAUACAAGGCCCACCUUCGGGCAUGUGGCUUGAAGUGGAUGCGAUGAUCGAGCUUGCAGACCAGGAGGCCGACCACGAGGGCUUGGCCCACGCCUCUCCGCCCUCAUCGCCCGGCUUUGACGACGACGCUUUUGACGAACCACCAGCCAGCCCUAGUCUUGGACGAGGAAGGCAGAAGUCAUCAUCUCCUAACGAAGAUAGCCCCAAGCCACCACAGUCAGCGCGCCCUCUGAGGAAGUCGAUUCUCCCUUCCAGCAACGGCAUCUUUACCCCGCAAUCUUCACCGAUCACACCUAGACUGGACUCUGACGCCACACUUGCGACACAAGAAUCCAAGACUAUCGUUACGAGACCCCGGAAAGACUCGGAAGCUAAAGCGCGUUCUGUCAUCGAAGCGCUGCAAAAGAGGAGGAGCGCAUACGAGCCGUUCCUGGAUGCGCCUCCCGUACCUUCGACACCUUCGAAGAAGGUUCCAUUCGAUACCGCGACUCUGCGACGCAUCGUGCCAUACGUUAGUACGUUGACGCGCAAAGUCAAAGACACGAUCAGGGAUGCGGAGGGCUUGUACUCGAGUCCUAUCGCAAGCCCACUACACGAGGAGCCACCAUUCAGCAUGAUUCACCAACAAGAUGCGGAUCUUGCGGCUCAGAUGAAACUCAUGACGGUGAUGUAA